UCCCGGAUCUUCUUCCAGCGUCUAGGGCCCCCGCUCAGCCAAAGGAUUUCUCUUUCUCGGACCUGGGCCUGCCUCAAUCUCAGUUUCUCUCACACACACUCUCCCUCUGGGGCACCCAGGCAUUCUCUGCCAUGCAGCCUGUCAGUGUCUGGCAGUGGAGCCUGUGGGGGCUGUUGCUGUGCCUGCUGUGCAGCUCGUGCCUGGGAUCUCCAUCCCCAUCCACGGCCCCAGAGAAGAGGGCCAGGAGCCAAGGGCUGCGGUUCCGGCUGGCUGGCUUCCCCAGGAAGCCCUUCGAGGGCCGUGUGGAGAUACAGCAAGCUGGUGAAUGGGGCACCAUCUGUGAUGAUGACUUCACGCUAGAGGCAGCCCAUGUCCUCUGCCGGGAGCUGGGCUUCACAGAGGCCACAGGCUGGACCCAUAGCGCCAAAUAUGGCCCUGGAACAGGCCGCAUCUGGCUGGACAAUCUGAGCUGUAGUGGGACUGAGCGCAGCGUGACGGAAUGUGCCUCCAGGGGCUGGGGGAACAGUGACUGUACCCACGAUGAGGAUGCUGGAGUCAUCUGCAAGGACGAGCGCCUCCCUGGCUUCCCUGACUCCAAUGUCAUCGAGGUAGAGCAUCACCUGCAAGUGGAGGAGGUGCGACUGCGACCAGCAGUUGGGCGGGGCAGGCGACCCCUGCCUGUGACUGAGGGACUGGUCGAAGUGAGGCUUCCCGAUGGCUGGUCCAAAGUGUGUGACAAAGGCUGGAGUGCCCACAACAGCCACGUGGUCUGCGGGAUGCUGGGCUUCCCCAGCGAAAAGAGGGUCAACACGGCUUUCUACAGGCUGCUGGCCCAGCGGCAGCAACACUUCUUUGGUCUGCAUGGGGUGACAUGUGUGGGUACAGAGACCCACCUCUCCCGCUGCUCCUUGGAGUUCUAUCGUGCCAAUGACACCACCAGGUGCCCAGGGGGUGCCCCAGCGGUGGUGAGUUGUGUGCCAGGUCCUGUCUACACAACGUCCAAUGGCCAGAAGAAGCAACAGCAGUCGAAACCUCAGGGGGAGGCCCGAGUGCGUCUAAAGGGCGGGGCCCACCCUGGAGAGGGCCGGGUGGAAGUGUUGAAGGCUGGCACAUGGGGCACAGUCUGUGACCGCAAAUGGGACCUACAGGCAGCCAGCGUGGUGUGUCGGGAGCUGGGCUUCGGGAGUGCUCGGGAGGCUCUGAGUGGUGCCCGCAUGGGGCAGGGCAUGGGUGCCAUCCAUCUCAGUGAAGUUCGAUGCUCUGGACAGGAACCCUCCCUCUGGAAGUGCCCCCACAAGAACAUCACAGCUGAGGACUGCUCCCAUGGCCAGGAUGCUGGAGUUCGAUGCAACAUGCCCUACACUGGGGUAGAGACCAGGAUCCGACUCAGUGGGGGCCGCAGCCGACAUGAAGGGCGAGUUGAGGUGCAAAUAGGGGGACCCGGGCCCCUUCGCUGGGGCCUCAUCUGUGGGGAUGACUGGGGGACACUGGAGGCCAUGGUGGUCUGUAGGCAACUUGGACUGGGCUAUGCCAACCAUGGCCUGCAGGAGACCUGGUAUUGGGACUCAGGGAAUACAACAGAGGUAGUAAUGAGUGGAGUGCGCUGCACAGGGACCGAGCUGUCCCUGGACCAAUGUGCUCAUCACGGCACCCACAUUGCCUGCAAGAGGACAGACACCCGUUUCACUGCCGGAGUCAUCUGUUCUGAGACCGCAUCAGAUCUGCUGCUGCACUCAGCACUGGUGCAGGAGACCGCCUACAUCGAGGACCGGCCCCUGCACAUGCUGUACUGUGCUGCGGAGGAGAACUGCCUGGCCCGCUCAGCCCGCUCAGCCAACUGGCCUUACGGCCACCGCCGUCUACUCCGAUUCUCCUCCCAGAUUCACAACCUGGGACGAGCUGACUUCAGGCCCAAGGCUGGGCGCCACUCUUGGGUGUGGCACGAGUGCCAUGGGCAUUACCACAGUAUGGACAUCUUCACUCACUAUGAUAUCCUGACCCCCAACGGCACCAAGGUGGCUGAGGGCCACAAAGCUAGUUUCUGUCUAGAAGACACCGAGUGUCAGGAGGAUGUCUCCAAGAGAUACGAGUGUGCCAACUUUGGAGAGCAGGGCAUCACUGUAGGCUGCUGGGAUCUCUACAGACAUGACAUUGACUGUCAAUGGAUUGACAUCACAGAUGUGAAGCCAGGAAACUACAUUCUGCAGGUGGUCAUCAACCCCAAUUUUGAAGUAGCAGAGAGUGACUUCACCAACAAUGCGAUGAAAUGUAACUGCAAAUAUGAUGGACAUCGCAUUUGGGUGCACAACUGCCACAUUGGUGAUGCCUUCAGUGAAGAGGCCAAUAAGAGGUUCGAGCGCUACCCUGGACAGACCAGCAACCAGGUCAUUUAAGGUGCUAAUACUCACCUCUUCAGACCACCACUGGCCCCUAAUGGCAGGGGUCUGAGGUUGCCAUUACCUCAGGAGCUUACCAAGAAACCCCUGCCGUCAGCAAGCCCACCACACUCAUCCGUGUGCACUGCAGACAUGGGACUGUCAAGCAGAAGUAACCACCAUCUUUCCUAGGCCAGCUGUCUGCAUCUGUGACCAAGCAUGGGGAACCCUGGCUCCCAGGCCCAGCACUGAGCUGAGCUCACCACAAAGAGCAGCCCGAUUAACUGGCCAGAACAA